UGGAUACUUAAUAAACACCAAAAAACAUUUUCUGAUAGUGAAGGAAUGUAUGCUGGCAGUAGCUAACUCACUUUUUGAAGAAAAAAAAAGAUGUUGCCUCAGCAAUUCAAAGCAUCUCAUUGUCAGCACGAAGUAAUACACGAAGAACGGAAAUUUUAGCUGCGGAAAUUAAAAACUCUCUUCUUAAGCUUUUGCAAAAGGCAGUUAUCAGUUAGAAUUAAAUGAUUUCGCUUUCUACUGAUUGGAGUCCCAGCAAUGAUUGGCAAAGAAAAAGGUGUAGUAAAGAGGAUCAGGGAUAAACAUUUUAAUUUAAUAACCUAUCACUGUAUAAUACACCAGGCAGUCCUUUGUGAAAAACUAAGUGCUAGACCUAGUGAAGUUAAUUAAUUUUAUGAGAUCUCAUUCUGCUCUUCAUAACCGAUAUUUCAAGGAGUUUCUUUCUGAAUGCUCGUUGGUCAAGUUAUUGAACGUUUCUGGCUAAUAAAAGAACAUAUGAUCUCCUUCUUACAAAAUAUAGAUACGCAGGGAGCCAGGGCACAUUUUGAGCAUAUAAAAACAGGUGUAACAUGCUGGUCGUGGCUUUUUUAAAAGAUAUUUUAAAAUAUUUGAAUGCGCUUAACACAGAGUUACAAGAAAAUGAAAGAUUAGUAUGUGAUCUGAUACAAAGCUUGUCUGCUUUUCGUCAUAAGCUGGAUAUGUUUGAAAAAGAUAUUGCACAACAAAAAUUAAUUUAUUUUCCAACUAUUCUUGAAUAUAAUAAAAAUAAGGAGUACUCCGAAGAAGACAUUGUAGUGUUCGUAAAAUUUCUGGGCGAUCUUAGGAACGAAUUUGCUUCAAGAUUCCAAUACUUUGAACAGGUAAGCAAGCUAUCUUCAUUUCUAAAAUCACCAUUUGAAGUUAAUGCAGCGGCAGAAUGGACAGAUGUGGCUGCUAAGCUGUUUAAUCUGUCAAAAGCAUUACUUCAAAUGGAGUUUAUUGAAUUACAAGAAGAUUUAUUCUUGCUCGUUUAUAAAUCGGUAUCCACCGAAGAAUUUUGGGCCAAACAUAUGCUAGCAAAAUAUGAAAAUUGCAGACAACUUACAAUCAAUUUGGCCACUAUGUUUGGCUCAAGGUAUAUGUGCGAAACGUCUUUCUCAAAAAUGAAUUUUUUGAUAAACAAAUCUCGCUCCCGAUUUACGGACGCCCAUCUCGAAGAUACAAUUCGAAUUUGUUGUUCGACUCGAGAACCAGACCACAAACAACUAGCUCAAGACCGUCGGUGCAAUUUUUCGCAUUAAUUUAAGGUCUUUUGUUUUAUCAUUAAGCAUGUACCAAAAUAAUAAACAUCUUGUCAUUCAAUGUUAUCAUUUUGUUUUUUUGGCCUUGUUCAAAUGUUCUUCUAGUAUCCGGACCCCACAAAAUUGCUUGCUGACUCCUGAUAUAGAGUCAAAGAUUAUGCAAAACUUUAAAUAUAAGAAGUUUUUAUAGACAUUUUAAGCAAAUGAAAUCAAAGAAAACACUGCUUAUAUAAACUUUAUUGACAUGUAAAACAACUAAAGCCAAAGAACACAUAACAUGAACAAUCUUUAAAAAGUUCUCUUUCUCACGUCCAUGAAAACACUUAAUAACUAUUAUUUCUGCCUCUGUUUCUAAUUGCUCCCAAACUUCUCUCGCCAUAACUUCUUUGUCGUCAAGAGGGACAGAUGAUGGUUGUCGGCUCCUGAGUUGAAGAUCAAUAAUAUAUCAUAAUUUCUUUACGAGAUUUAGAUCAGGGCUGCAGAGUGGCCAGUUCAUGGUUUGUGUACCAAUCUUAUCCAAAUAAUCACGGAUCACACGUGCAACAUGCGGUGCAUUAAACGAAAAUUGUUUCCUAUUUAAGGAGUAAAGGGAACUACAUAAUUAGACAACAUAUCUGUAAUGUACCUUGCACUUAUAGACCAUACUGUGAAAUAACAAUAAUCAUAAUCCAAUCACCGGUUCACAAAAAAAUCGCUUCUAAUUAAUGGAACAUUUAAGGUGAUGCGUUAAUUUUGGAGAGUAGUGUAUUUACUGUGUUGGAUUCACGUAUGGACUAUAUUUCUGAGUGUUUAAUCAUCAUCAUAGUCAUU